GAGGCCUGAAUUGCCGUGACGUCUGCUAGCCACGCGCUGUCUGCCCACGUGAAGAUGCGCGAGCUUGAUUGCACGCGGAGGGGCGGGGCUAAGCUAAACGUCGCGAUACGAUUGAUGGAGAUCCUUCAUCAAUGCUCGACUUCGCAAGAGGCGGGACCAGUAGUAAACAUUGCUGGAGGCAUUUGCCAUGGGUGCUAGACUGGUUUUUCUUGUCCGUUCCCCAGGGAGAGAGUCAUUGCUGUAGUGUCAUUCCUCUGGGAACCCCAGAGUCGCUUUUCAUUGGGAUACUAUAACAGAAAAUUAAAAAAAAUUAUAUAUAAAAAAAGUUGUGAACGAAAAGGAUAACCGAUUCCUACAUGCUACGUUUGCCGCGACGUAGUGGCGCACGUAAGAGGUUUAAUAAUGGUGAUCGUUCGACAUUUGCGAUUCUUUCGUAUCUAUGGGCUCGUUCAGACAGAAAAGGCACAAAAUCAGGAUAUUAUUUGUCGAGUUUGGAAGUUCACCAAGGAUACUUUCAACAGUUUUUCCUUCUGACGGGGUCUACAGCGACGCGACCUGUGGACCACUGAGCGAGUGUCUGAGACAUGCAAAGGGAGGACGCGAUCUUCUGUUUUCUUGGAUUGGCGGCGCUAUACCUCGCUUUAAGACCAGCCGAAUGCGUACAGUGGUUGGCUUUGGCCAAAAUGUCAUCGCAAGCCAGCAUCCAGAGUGCGGAUACGUGUGAGGCCCUGACAGGGUUGGUGAAGCGUCAGCGGCGGCUGUGUAAGAAGAACGUGGAGCUGAUGGACAGCGUCAAGGUGGGGGCGUUGCGGGCGAUAGAGGAGUGCCAGAACCAGUUCGCCAAUCGCAGGUGGAACUGCUCCACCUCGGAUACCAAAAGACUCUUUGGAAAUGUCAUAUUAAAACAAGGGACGCGGGAAGCAGCUUUCGUGCACGCGAUUUCCUCCGCCGGUGUGGCGCACGCAGUUACGCGCGCGUGCAGUAGUGGACAGUUACAAAAGUGUGGGUGUGAUCGGACAGUGCGCGGACGAAGUCCAGAAGGAUUUGAGUGGUCAGGGUGUUCGGACAAUAUCGCAUAUGGAACAGCGUUUUCUAAAGCGUUUGUGGACGCAAGGGAGAAGGGGAAGAAGAGGAGAAACACGGCGCGUUCGUUGAUGAACCUACACAACAAUGAAGCGGGCAGACGGGCAAUUGAGGAUCACAUGAAAGUGGACUGCAAGUGUCAUGGCGUCUCGGGCUCGUGCGAAAUGCGGACCUGCUGGCGAGCGAUGCCUUCGUUCCGGACCGUGGGCAAGAACCUGAAGGAGAAAUUCGACGGCGCCACGGAGGUCCAGCGAAAGACAGUGGGCACUCGCAACGACCUCGUCCCCCUGAACGCACAGUUCAAACCUCACACGGAGUCCGACCUCGUUUACAUGGCGGCCUCCCCAGACUUCUGUGAGCCCGACAAAAAGACGGGUUCUUUGGGCACCCAUGGGCGUGUGUGUAACAAGACCUCCAAGGCAAUAGACGGGUGUGAGCUCAUGUGCUGCGGCCGCGGCUAUCGAACACGUCCUAUUGUGAUCGUGGAACGCUGUAUGUGCAAGUUUCAUUGGUGUUGCUAUGUGAGGUGUAAGAAGUGCGAGCGACAUUUGGACGAGCACACCUGUCUGUGAGAUGCCCAGGUGACUUAUCUCGGCACUGACAGCAAACAAGGUUCAGCCUUCGUGGUCCUGUAGUAGGAGCUGGCUGGUGGCUACCGACAAAACUAUCAACAAAGGAAUGACUUGGCGAAGCGAAGCAGGGUUGCAAUAGUAAAAAAUUCGUCGUUAGACUACUUCAGUGUAAACUAUCAAAAGAUUACCCGGCGAAUAACCAAAACAAGGUGACCUCCGGUUGCAAUAGUGGUUAGCUUGGUCAUUUGUAAAAUCGCUACGCCAAAUGCAAUAGUAGGAAGACCACUAGCUUGGCCACUUGCAAAAUUACAAACAAUCACCAGACGAAUAACACUAACACUAAGCCAAUUGCAAUAGUAGGAAGAUCCUGGUUAGCGUGGCUAUUUGUAAAAUAAAAAAAAUAUGACCUGACAAAUAACAAAAAAGGUGACCUCACUAUGCCAAUUGCAAUAUUAGGAAGACCGUUAGUUUUUACAAUUUGUAAAAUAACAAAAAGAUGACCUGGCGAAUAACCAAAAUUGUGACUUCACUAAGCCAAUUGCAAUAUUAGGAAGACCAUUUUCUUGGCCAUUUGCAAAAUAACAAAAAUAUUACCUAGCGAAUAACCGAAAAAGGUGACCUCACUAUCCCAAUUGCAAUAUUAGGAAGACCGUUAGUUUGGCCAUUUGUAAAAUAACAAAAAUAUGACCUGGCGAAUAACCAAAAAGGUGACCUCACUAUGCCAAUUGCAAUAGUAGGUCCAUUAGCUUGGCCAUUUGUAAACUCACAAAAAGAUUACCUGGCUAAUGAUACUAACACUAAGCCAAGUGCAAUAGUAGGACGAUCAUGGUUAUCUUGACCAUUUGUAAAAUCACCAAAAAAAAGAGAUGACUUGAAGAAGCAAAUCAAAUUGCACUAAUACGAAGAUUAUCAUUAGCUUGGCCACUUCUGAAAUGCAAACCAGUUUACCUAGCCAGGCAAAGCAAGCUGCCUUAGUAGAACGACCAUAAUUAGCCUGUUAUAAAAUAUCCAAAAGAUGACACUGCCAAACAAACUACAGUAGUUAAAAAGAUCGUUGUUAAAUAUUUAAAACAUGACCUUGCAAAGAAAAAUUGCAAUAACAGAGGCCAUCGUCAGCCAAGCAUAGUCACUUCCGUAAUGGGUCUAAAUGUGCUAUUAGGUGGUUCUUGCUUACAACCAUUGGAACCUUUCACAGAAAUCCGUUUCUUCAAAGUCCCCCAUAUGCCUUACGACAGGAGUGGUAUGUAUAAACCAGUACCAACCAGCUUUCAUGGUGUUCAUAUCAUCGUAAGACAAACACUGACUAUUUAUUGACGUUAGAGAGAGAGAGAGAGAGAACAAAUAUCGAAACAUACCCAACGGAAAUCGGGCUACAGCAAAAGCAAAUACACAACAAAAGGAAGUACAGUAGAGUGUAGAUGAAAAUACUCCAAAAAACUAAAUUUAUUUUAAAGCUUAUAAAGAAAAGGAAGUUGACACUGAUGCUGUUGAGUUUUACUUAGAUAUUAAGGAAUACCGUUUUUGUGAAUGUAUUCAUAGACUUCUAGAUAUAUUACUAAGUGUCAGUUUCGGUAAUGCCUGUAACGACGUGAUGAUAACUGAACUGAGGAGUGAUCUGUUUAAAACAAUGCAAACUAUUAGUCCCUUUCUAUAGGAAUUCAAUAUUCGGUGCUAGAAUGUCCACACAUCCAUUUCAUUAUUUAAAAAAAAGCAAUAACUGUUUGUGAAUUGAUAGCAGAUAUAUUGUUAGAAUGUGUAAUGAUAUUAUUUUAAAUAGUGCGCCAUUUUGUUGUGUAAAAGAGGUGAUAGUUACCGCAAAUACUGUUUCAAGAGAAAGUGAACUGGAAUAUAUUAUUCAACGGAAGCGGAAGAGACAAACCGGAUAUGCGCACGUAACAGUAUUGUUUAUUCUGAGCACUCACUGUUAUGUUUGGAAUGAAAGUGACGUUUCUUUUGCAGACGACUGCACAAUGUCGUCCAAGUUUGUACAAAUUUGUAAAUGUGUAUUAUGGUCAUAUUUAUUUACAUUUUGUACAUAUGUACAUUUUGUGCCUUGUAGAUAAGAUGUAAAAUUCACAUUCGGACAUCUUCGGAUAUGUUCGUAAAUUGACAUCGAUUUUUAACGCAAAAACAAAAUAGUCCCAGUUCACCAAACUAAUGUGGAAUAUUUAAAAUGUACUCUUCAACAGUGAUGCUGAACAUAAUUUGAUGACGACAAACUAAUCGGCGGCUGGACGCCAGGUUAAAUGUGUUUUUACGAACAUAUCCAAAAAUCUUCGAACUGACAGGUUGUUUAUGUUGUUACAUUCUAUAUAUGUGUUGUUAGAACUAGACUUUCAGACGGUGUUUCACACGAUACACUUGAAUAGGCCUACUUACAGAAAUCCAGAUUCAUGCGCGUGUGCAAGAAUGUGUGUGUGUGUGUGUGUGUGUGUGUGUGAACUAUGGCAAGAAACGUUUUGGGGAGGGUCGGGCCAUACUCCCCCAAUAAAAUAGAUUAAAAAAGAAAAAUAUUUUGGAGCGGGAUUAGGGGAUGUUUGCACACGCGCCUAAUAUUUUGAAUGAAUUUUAACCGUCAAAAUCUGUUUCUAUAAAUUGUGUAUAUUCCUAAGUGGUCUUUAUAUGAGGGGAGAAGGUUUACGCAAAUGGCCCGAUUUUGUAUUAUAUAAUUGUUGAAAUUAUUUUGAUUGACAUUAAAUAAUAUUUUAUAUUAAUUUAAUAACUCGUAAACAGAAUUAAUAACACCGUCUGAAAGACUUUAGAAGAAAAAAAAACGGUGUACGAUAGUUUUGUUACCCAUUAUAGAAGAAAACGGUGUAUGUGAUUUUUCGUCUCCGUUAUAGAAGAACUAUGCGCGUACGUUAAUUUUGCUACUGGUAUAGCACAAAAACGUACGGUUUUCUCGCCAAUACGAUAGUGUUAUUAGGCUAGAAGAGAAAUGGUUUGUGAUAGAUUUAUCAUUGUCAACCUUUACCUCAGUUCACUGUUGAGUGACAAUCGACAAGCUCCCACAAUCGGUCUCAACGGGCCAAAUGAGAUUAUAGAGAAAAUUCACUAUCUGUUCAACGAAUCCGUCUGUUCAUGUCAGUUAAUUCAAUAAUUAUAUUUAAAAAGAAACUAGAAAUUUAAUUUAACAUUAUCUUAUACAUACAUACAUACAUACAUACAUACAUACGUAUGUACACACACACACAACACACACACACACACACACACACACUUUUUACAUAUAUCUAUAUGACUAUAUAAAACUACAUGGCUAAAACAAAAAUAUUUUUUAUAUAUAUGUUUUUUCAAGUGUAAGCAAUUGCCUCUUUGUUACUAUGGUAGUUGCACACACGUGAAAGACAAUCUGUAUGCAUUUAGGGGAGAGGGAGUGAUAUAUCUAUUUUAAAGUUUUUCAUGCUCUUAAGACAUUGACCCUAGUUUCGGAGGCACAUAUCUUUUCUGUAACUGUUUCACAUAAAAUGUAUUUGUACUAUAAACAGUAUUGUAGAACGAUUAGAAACACGCUAGAUUAACAAACAUUUAUAAUUUAAGCAAGAAGUUACAAUUAAUGUGCAUUUUAAGUUUUAAAAAUCUGUAACAGCCAAAACGAUUUCACACUACUUGAUAAACUAGGGUCAGCGCCUUUAAAGGCGGCGUCACACCAUACGAGUGCCUGGCACGAGAAUAGCUGAUUGUAUCGCAACUAAUUCAAUUCAGUUUUCAAAUUAUUGCACAUUAUUAAACAGUCCGCAAACAAAGAUAAGAAUUAUAUAACAUCAACAACAAAAACAACAAAAACAACAACAACACAACAACAACAACAAAACAACAACGACAGCAAUAAUAAUAACAAUAUGAAUGUAUAGACUAGACGGAAAUACAAAAUUGGUAUUCUUAUUUAUAAAAUCGUAUAUUUGUUUUCUCACAAUAAUCUCGUACUUGAUACUCGUUUCGUGUGGCGCCGCCUUAAGGGUCGUUUUCCAUUUGUGUGGUUUUUGGCGAAGUACAGGCGCGGAAAGCUGAAAACUGACACAUCAUACUAAAAAAAGAGAACAUUUUAUGUUUUUGGUAACCGCGCCUGCACCACGCCAAAACCCCCACAAAAAACCCCGCGUCCAUUGAAAACUUCCCGAACAGUUUCUCAUUUCUGGUGCUAAGGGUUUAUUAUGCAUUUGCUAAUUUAAACUUAUCAAUGGACAAUUUUUAAAUUAAACUGCAGUUUAACUACUUAUGAAAUCGAAUGAACGGAAAUGAAUGCAGGGUAUAGUAACCACUACUAACUACGGAUUCAUACAAACCACAAAAAACGUGUAUUAUACUUAUGAAAUAAAACUACAACAAGUA